UCAGGAGUUACACAGUCUCUAUGUUCCCCGGGAACACCACCAAUAGCAGCAGCCUGCUCCUCUCAUAAGAGAAUUAACAGCUUUCCGGCGCUCAGAGGAAGCUGCACCGAAAAUACUCAAUCUACUGGAUACUAACAAAGAAACAGAGAGAGGAAGGAAACCAUCAUUGAAUCGUCAUUUCCACCCUGCAGAUUUUAUCUGGAACUGUGAAAGGAGCCUCUCUAUAUCCACAAGCUGCUGUCUAGUCCUAAAGUAUAAACUACGCAGCUCAAGUGUCAGGAUGACCUGCGCUACAGUGACCUGGCCCCUUGUCCUUGUCCUCGUGCUGUUGUGCAUCAGAGACUCGGCUUCCCUCUUCCUGCCAGACUCCAGUGAGCUCAGGAAGCUACUGAGCCGCUAUGAGGAGGAAGCAGAGCAGAAAGGCACCAGCAACACAGCUGGUAACAGGACCCGCCGAGCCAUCCUCUGGUCAGACCGUGAGGAGAUCCUGCAGCUGCACAACAAGCUGAGGGGUGGGGUUUACCCCACCGCUUCAAACAUGGAAUACAUGAUUUGGGAUGAUGAGUUGGAGCGAUCUGCCACUCAGUGGGCAGAGGAGUGUCAGUGGGACCAUGGACCUCAGGACCUGCUCAUGUCUAUUGGACAAAACCUGGCAGUUCACUGGGGCAGAUACCGUUCACCUUCCUCCCACGUCCAAUCCUGGUACGAUGAAGUGAAGGACUACACCUACCCCUACCCUCAUGAGUGCAAUCCCUGGUGUCCAGAACGUUGCUCUGGGCCAAUGUGCACUCAUUACACCCAGCUGGUGUGGGCAACUACUAACCGAGUGGGCUGCGCUGUGCACGUGUGCCCAAGGAUGAACGUGUGGGGAGAAAUAUGGGAGAAUUCUGUUUACCUUGUGUGCAACUAUUCCCCAAAGGGCAACUGGAUCGGAGAGGCUCCAUACCAGCAUGGCCGACCUUGUUCCCAGUGCCCUCCAAGCUAUGGAGGAGGAUGCAGAAAUAACCUUUGCUACAAAGACUCUCAGCAGCCAGAGAUUGAAGACAUGAAUGAGGUGGAGAAGCCUCAGGUCCCACUGCCACCUCGUACCACUGCCAGACCUAAAACUAUUGCUCCAAAGAAACCUGUGUCCAGACCCUCCAGUCCCAAGAACACUAAUCCCAGGACAACGCCUUCAAAAGCUCCCAGCAGCACUUUUCUUGCUCACAAUAUUAAGUGUGAGACAAGACUGCGAGAUAAAUGCCGUGGCUCAACCUGCAGCAGAUACAACUGUCCUGCUAACUGUGUGCAAAAGAAAGGAAAAGUUUGGGGAACUGUCACUUAUGAUGUGCAAUCAAGUAUUUGCCGAGCUGCUAUCCAUCAUGGUGUGAUUGACAACAACGGAGGACUAAUCGAUAUCUCCAGAAUGGAUAAGUUACCAUUCUUUGUCAGAUCUACAAAGAAUGGCAUUGAGUCUCUCAGUAAAUAUAAAGCUGGAAAUGCCUUCACAGUGGCCAGAGUGAAAGAAAUGACAGCUGAUUGUUACACCACAGUGGCUGAAAUCUGCCCUUACAAAGAACCAAACUCACACUGUCCAAGAGUCUUCUGUCCAGAGAACUGCAAGGCUCAGCCCUCAUACUGGUCGCCUGUUAUUGGAAACAAGAUUUACACAGAUAACUCCAGCAUUUGCAAAGCGGCCAUCCAUGCAGGCGUAAUCAAACCCAAUGGCGGUUUUGUUGAUGUUUUGCCUCUGGACAAGAGAAAGAGCUACACAGGAGUUCUGAAAAAUGGCAUCCAAUCUGAAAGCAGAAGCAACAUGGAGGGAGGAUCCUUCCGAGUCUUUACUGUGAGGCAGUGAGACUUAAGUUCAGUAACCUGAAGACCAACAGAGUCACCUCAGCUGCUCUCGAAGAGAAGAAAGUGCCCAUAGCUUUGAUGCCAUGGCUGUUUGUCUGUCCCAUCUGACUGACAGAAACUUUCCCCACUCAGUUAACAAACAGUAGUCAUACAGUAAAAUUCAUCCACUCAUCCAACACAUUGAUAGUCCUUCAUGUUCCUUCAUCUUUUCUUAGACUUACAUAAUCUGUGAAUACAGAAUUUUUUUUUAAAUUAUAUUAUAUAAAAUGCAUUGAACAGCUGGUGCUGGAAGUUUUGAGUUAGACUUGUGUUACAAAAAGCAAUAUGUUUACAUUGGUGUUCUUAUUACAAGUGUUAUUUGUUUUUCAUACACAGGAAUGUAUCCAGAUCACACUGUAUUUAAUCAUUGUGUACAGAAUAUAUUAUAUUUUGUUUUUUUUAAAGAAAUAAUAACAUGUUUAAGUUCUAGCCAUUUAAAAAAUAUAUAGCCCUCUUCUUCAUCAUUGCUUUUCUAAUUCUUAGCAGCGAAGUCCAAGUUUAGUGUGAGCAAAGAUGUUUUGCUGGGUUUUUUUGACCAGAAAUUUUGAAGCACAAAUAUUCUGCGAAAUGAAUGUGUAUAAAGGCAGCAGGCACUGCUGGAGAGAAGUAAUAUUUUCCUUAAGAAGACUAGUGUUGCUUCAGUGCCUGCCAUGUGGAUGGAGAGCCGGUGUAGGUGAGACAGUUUGUGCACUUAUAAUAAUAAGUAGUAACAUCCCAAUUUAUAUUUAUUAACUGCUCAGUGCUUUCUUCUUUUCUUUGUUUCUAAUAAAUACAUUUCAUGAAAAUGCAAAAUGCUCCCCCCCUUCCCACGUGAGACCGUUGAAUGUGUUGCAUGUUUCAGGUACAAAGAGUGCUUUUUGUUCAGAGACUGGACCACAUUGUGAAGGUUUGACACUAACACUGUGCAGAACACACAGGAGACAAGUGUAAUAUCUCUCACCAUAGUGGAUUAAAGCACGGUUGUGUUUGGUCAGGUCUGAUUAAUAGUUUUGCUCUUCAUUUAGCUCUGUGAUAUAAUUUUACAUGCACAGACAUGAGGGAAUGAUACUCAGUAGAAACGAAUGAAAUAAAUGUAAAGUCCAUUUUGUGUAGAAGUGCUGCCCUCCUGCAAAACACACCCAACAUCAUAGUCCCAUUUAGCCCGUUUAACCUACCUGCUGGUUUUCUUCUUUUCCAACUUCCUGUCUCUUUAUCCUACCUCAGUCCUAUCGCUGUGCUUAGUAUUUAGAUCUUUUCUAUGUGGGAAUUUUGUGGAAAACGCUAAAGGUUUUGUAAAGUUGUGGGAUCUGUAAAUACUAAGAUUUUUGUUUUUGAAUCAUCUUUAUACAGUAAGAUUAAAAUUAAGUAAUUGUGUGAAUUUGUUUCAAUUGUCUUGGAUGUAUUGCGUUUAUACAGGUUUAGGGUGCCUUCUAUACUUUUUGCACAGUUUGAAAAUCGAGUGUCUUACAAAUCCCAGUGUACACAAUUCUUUUUUUCUUUUAAAUUAAAAAGUCUUGUCAAAUAUGAUAUUUUAGAAAUCAUUACGCAUCAUGGGUGUUAUUUUGUGAUUGUUUUUUGUGUGUUUGUGAGCAAUAAUAUUUGAAGAAUGAGCCGCUUUACUAAGUAAAGGAUAAUAUCCAUAUCCAGAAAAGUGAAGCAACCCUUAGCUUACUCUUAGCUACAUAAGGUCCUGACUUCAUGACCAUGAAAUGUUACAAGUCUGGCUUUAACUGGUGUCCACAGUAACGUGGUUGAAACCAAUGCCUGUGCAGAUUGCAAAAAAAUGUAUUUUAAUAAGAUCUUGUAACUGUAUUAAAUGUACUUUGGCCUCAAUGUUGGACUAAAA